AUGCUCAACGACCAAUUGUACGAAGUAGUUGUGUCAUCAGAAGAAGUGCGUGGUGACCAAAAGAUUCGAAUAUUAGUUCCCCACGAAUAUGCAACUAGUGGUAAUACUCGCCGUUACCCCGUACUUUACUUAUUACAUGGUUCAUCUGGUGAUGCAGCAGAUUGGACGACAGUCGGUGAAGCUCAAGACAUCUGUGGUAAUGCAUCAUUAAUUACUGUUAUGCCGAAUGGUGAUCCAUUUGGAUUCUAUACUAAUUGGGUCAUUCCUGGUAAUGCUGCUCCACAGAAUUGGCGUACAUAUCAUAUGGAGCAACUGGUACCUUGGAUUGAUUUUAAUUUGCGCACAGUAGCUAAAAAAGAAGGUCGUGCUAUAGCUGGCCUUUCGAUGGGAGGAUUUGGUGCCAUUCGUUAUGCUGAACAGUAUCCUGAUAAUUUUGCUUAUGUAGCAGGUUUUUCUGGUGCACUUGAUUUACUUGAUAAGCGUGUUCAACGAGUCAUUCUUGAUUUGAUAAUUAUUGAUGGAAAACCACUUUUGGGUCCAUUUGGUUCUCCUUCUGAACCUUUGGAUUCAAGUGCAUGGUUCGCUCAAAAUCCAAUUACUCAUGCUGCAUCGCUACGUGGUGUAGCCAUAGCCCUCUAUACAGGCAAUGCUGAUGAUUUGGAAAAAAUACUGCGCGAUACGAAUUAUCGUUUGCGAGACGGGUUGAUUUCGUUGAAUAUUCCACUUUAUUUUGACGAUUAUGAAAAUGGACAAUCGAUUGGAUAUGGUUGUGACGGAGGACAUAAUUGGCCAUGUUGGAAUGCAGCACUUAUUGAUGUAUUACCUCGUAUGAUGAUUGUUUUGCAACAACAACACUAA